GGGGCGAGGGAAGGGUAGGACCACACAGAUGUGGUGAGUCAAGUCUCCCCUGUAAACAAGUAUUCAUCAUGGCCUCCAGCAAAGGUGGACCUCAAGUUAUUGACAUCUCCAAGCUUAAUUUGGAGCAGUUGACGACGUUAAAAAACCAGCUCGAUCAGGAGAUACAGUUUUUCAGCGAAUCAUUGCAGCAGUUAAAAAUUGCUCAGUUGAAGUUUAAUGAAUCUGGAGAAUGUGUUGAGAAGUUAACACCAGAAACUAGAGGGAAGGAGAUGCUGGUGCCUCUCACAAGCUGCAUGUAUGUUCCCGGUACAAUAGGCGAUGCCGACAAGUUGCUGAUUGACGUAGGCACGGGCUAUUAUGUAGAACGGGAUGUAAAUGGUGCAAAGGACUACUUUAACAGAAAGAUUAAAUUUGUGACUGAACAAAUGGAGAAAAUCCAGAAAAUAGCAUCUGAGAAGAGUAAACUAAGAGAAGUCGUAAUGGACAUGAUGGAGGUAAAACUUGAUCAGCAGUUAGCAGUCAUACAGCAGCAACAGGCAGAAGCAGAGGCAGCCAAGGCGAAGGUAGCAGAUGGAAUGUGAUAGCAUACUGUGUAAUGAACUGUGGAACUGUUGACUCGUUUAAUAUAAAGAUUCCGAUACUGAAUUUCUUUCCGUUUGCACAUCUUAAAUACUAAUGCUGAGCUAGUGUGUUAAUAAAUAAUUAUUUGCCACAACUUGAAAUGUUUAAUUACAGUAUGUAAAACCUUUCUAGACUGGUAAUUUUUUUGUUAUACAAUAUUAAAAACAUCAAAUUUUAUUAUUACUGUAUUUAAAUAUUAGCUGUUGUUAAAAGGGAUGUGCAACUUAAUACCACAAAAGGCAUUUUUUAUCUAAAAAAUUUAUUGCAUUUUAUUCAUAACUUAUAUAUUCUUGCCUUUUCAUUAAAAUUGGAAAUGCUUUCUAUAUUUUAAUACCCUUUACCUUAAUAAAGAUUUACAUUUUUGUGACAAUACGCACGGAUAGCAACAAUAAAUAUAUAUACUGUACUGUAUAUAUAUUUGGAUAACUGUAGUAUACAGAGGCUGAAGGUGAAGUGUGACAGUAUGAUGACCAGUUGAGUAUUAUGAUGCAUGCCGAUUAAUGUCGGUGUUGGGAAAGAUCCAACCAGAGAUGUGUAUAUCCAGAGCGUUUGUCACAAUCAUCAAUAACACCAGACUCGGCAUUUUUUAAAGCUUUCUAUCCAUGCUUCACCUGAUCUUGUUUUGGACAGAUUGCUUCUGGCAGGUUUAGAAACUCAUUUGUUGCUCUAGGCAUUCUUAAGUGAUUUGUGGAAACAUUUUAAUUAAGAUUAUUUGAGAACCUCUUAUGUACACUUAAGUGUUUAUUGUAGAACUUUUUGGAAUGUGGAAUUGUUAGGGAUAAGUUCUGAUUACUUCCAAGAUAUAUACUGUAUGUAUAAUCAUUUGGCACAAGCCUAACACACACACUUGCUUUAUGGCAUUAUUGCUAUGAACAGCCUAGUGUGUGGGAGCUCAAACUGUUUGGAGGCUGGACUUACAUUUAAUAAAGAUUAAGAAAAAGA